AUGGGUAACGUAGCCGACUUUACUGAUCAGAAUUUCGAGUCCGAAGUAAUUAGUUCGAGCGAACCCGUUCUCGUCGAUUUCUGGGCUCCCUGGUGUGGUCCUUGCCGCAUGAUUGCCCCCGUGGUCGAAGAGCUGGCCGCCGAUAACGCCGGUUCGGUGAAAAUCGGCAAGCUGAACGUUGACGACAGCCCCAGCUCGGCCGCCGCUUACGGCGUAAGCAGCAUCCCCACGCUCAUCCUCUUCAAGGGUGGCGAAGUGGUUAACACGUUUGUCGGUCUGAAAGACAAACGAGAGCUACAACAAGCGAUUGACUCGGCCAAGGCAUCGAUGCCUUCGGGGGCUCGCAUUGAUGCUGCGCACCCCAUUGUCGGUCAGGAGCCACCUGCCACACCCGACGCCCUGCCGGCCCCAUCGCCUGCCGCUGAAGACGUUGCCCCGGCCGAAGAAUUCUACGAGCAACUCCGUCUACAAGCCGAGCAGCUAGGUGGCGAGCUCCAGCGACGCCGCGAUCAGCUCGACCGGCGAGAAUCGCGACUGAACGCCCGCGAUGCCGAGCUGGACAACGAAGCCCGCGGGCUGCGAAUGUGGCUCGUCGAGCGACAGCAAGAGCUGGACGAACACGAGAAGGACCUGAUUCGCCGCGAACGCGCAAUCGAAGACCGCAAAUCCCAGAUUGCCGCGGCCGAAGCCUUUCAAGAGUCGUCCCACACCGAGGCUCAGCGAUACGCCCAGAAACAACAGGCCCUGCACGACCAGCGGCAAGCCGAACUGGACCGCCAGCAACACGAGUUGGCCCGUCGCGCAGCAGCUCUCGACGCCGCGACAGACGAGCUCAACUCGGCCCGCGAGCAAUUCCAGAACACCAAAACGCACGAGCUUCAACAGAUCGAGGCCCGUCGCGAGUCAUCGCUGCAGAUGGUUCGCCUGGGGCUGGAAGGUCUCGAACGUCGCCGUCAGGCCGUCGAACAACAGGCCGCCGAAGUUGAAGGUUUGCGGAAGCGGUUGCUAGCAGAAGAACCCAACCGAUCGAAUGUCCCAUCGGGACGACUGCUCGACUUAGAACGCAGAGAGCGUCUCGUCGAAGUAGGCUUCGAGCUCAUCGAUAAGCGUCGCGAAGCUUUGAGCGACCUGGAACAGCAGCUCAAAGAUCGGGCCGAUGCCCAGCUCCGCCAACUGCGGCUCGACCGUCAGCAGCUUCUCAAGCAAGAAAAGCAACUCGAACUCCGCCGCGAGCAAAUGCAGGAGAAGUUCCAGAAACGCGAUAGCGAACUGGAAGCCCGGCAGGCGGCCCUCGAUCAGCUUCGCGAAACACUCACCCGUUCGCAGCGUGAAAGUCUCGAACUGCGGCUGGCCACCGAAGAGUUGUGGAAUCAGCUCAUCACCAAGUUCCCCGCACCGGCCCUGACCGCCUCGCUGGGGAACAUUCGCGCUCAACUGGCCGAUCACGAUCGCCAGGUACGGCAGGAACUACUCGAGCACCGCCAGAAGCUCGAAGUACUUCGCGACCAGUUGGUCGAGCAGCACGCUCGGCUCGACCACAAGAAACGCGAGCAUCAGGCCUGGGUCGAGCGGCGAACCCAGGAACUCGAUCAGCGGACCCAAUCGCUCACCGCCCGGCAGUUCAAGCUCGAAGAGCAGCAGCGAGCCAUCGAGCAUCUGCAGCACGAUUGGAGCUGCGAGCGUCUGGCGCUGCAGGAUCAGGUGCAGAGCCUCAUACGGCAGGCCCGUGAGACAGCGGCGAAGUAG